UCCAACAAAUUACUUGGAGACUUUGAGAACAAAGGCACCAGAAGAAACAAGUCACACGCCACAUUCGUCAGUUAUUUUGCCCACAUCGUCAUCCGCUGCUGUUACAUCGUCAGUAUGUGGAGGUGCGAUGAAUAAGAAAACUGGCGUCAUUGAUGAAGCUGGCAGCGCAUCCUCAUAUAAAUCUUGCGACUGGAUGAUUUAUUCAACAGUAGAGAACUCCACCAUACUUCUGGUUUUUGAACAUUACAAAGUCAAUUAUUGGUACGAAACUCGAAUAAGAAGCCAUCACAAAAGAGAGUGGCUGAACCGCAAUCAAAAGGUGCCAUUUGCAGUUUUGGUGUUGGACAACUACUUGGAAGUGAAUUCUUACUGGUACAGUUCUAAUACUCGACUAAAAGUUCAUUAUUUUCUGUUGAACAACUCAGACACAAGCGCUCUCCACCAGCGUGAAUGGAACAUUACAGCCGUUAGCGUCAGCUCCACAGAGGUCCAUGUGAGUUGGUUUCGGCUGAAUACUUACAACUCAAAUUCCUCCUACAUAUAUGGUUAUGUUGCUGCCUUGCACAUGCUGCGGAUUGGCACUGGUGACAUACUUGUCCUAAAUGUGACAAAUGCCCCUGCCUCGAAUGCAAACUCCUCCUUUUUGGAUACCGUGGUGAGUGGCCUUAGACCUUACACAAAGUACGGAGUGAAAGUUGUGGCUCUUGUCAGAGAUCGGAUGACUGGUGUAAUUUCACUCAAGAUCAGCUCAAUUAGCGAGGUUCAAACUCCAGAGGGCGUUCCCGAUCGUGUUCCAUGGCUGCGCGCGAUCAAUCGAGGUGUCGACAGACUGGAGAUUGUAUGGGAUCCAAUAUCUAGCGAAGAUGCUCAUGGAAUUCUUCUUGGAUACAAUGUGCGCUAUAGAAUAUACAAUUCAAAUAACAGCUUUACCAAUCAUAGUGUGAACGCAAAUACUCGAGUAUUUACUAUAACUGGGCUGAAGAAGGUCACAAUAUAUGAAGUCAAAGUUACAGGUCGUACGUCUGUUGGGGAAGGCGCAGAACAUUAUAUUUAUCCUCACACAGUGUGUGGACAGAACUUUGAUAUGCCGUCGGGUGAAUUCAGCGGAAGCAACCUGCAAGGGCGCCAUUUAAUAUAUUGCCACUGGAUGAUACAAUCUCCAUUUGCGAAUUCCAGCAUACUUCUGGUUUUUGAAGAACAACGACAUAAGUGUUGGUGUGUUACAGACGUAAGAAGCGUGCGAGAGUACAAGCGGCUGGACUGCUAUAAAAGAACGCCUUUUGCCGUUUUGGUGUCGAACAGCUCUGUGGAUAUCUCGUCUUACCUCUACGAUUAUGGCUCUCGACUGAAAGUUCAUUAUUUCGUCAUUAACAACUCACGCUCGGAUGCUUUCGUUGAACCUGGUUGGAAUUUCUCGGUCACUCAAGUCAUCUCUAAAGCGAUUAAUGCAAGUUGGCUUCCGUUAAGUGCCAACAACUCAAAUUCUAGCCACAUAUAUGGGUAUUUAGUUGUUUUGCACAAGUUGCCAAGUGGUACUGGCGACAUACAUCAACUGGAUGUGGCACAUGAUGCGUCUACGAUGGUGAGUGGACUAAAACCCUACACGAAGUACUAAGUGAGAGCUGUUGCUCUCCUCAGGGAUCGUGAUAGUGGCAAGAUAUCUUUAAAAACAAGUGAAAGCACUGACAUCCAAACUGCAGAGGGGGUACCCCUGCGUGCACCUUCGUACAAGAACGUCUUCGCUUUGGAUCAUCAGAGUAUUUUUGUGAGUUGGUAUGCCCUGUCACAAGAAGAUACUGGUGGCAUUCUACGAGGAUACAGAGUGCAUUACUCUGAGUACAGGACCUACCUUUAUAAAAAUGUUACUGUGGGACCAGAACAGCUGCAUGUUUUGCUAACUGAUUUAAAGCCCGGCACAGAGUAUGAAAUUUAUGUCAGAGCGUUUACAUCUGUCGGAGAAGGUCCAAAGAAUUGGAAUUGGAUCAAAACACAAUGUGGAGCACUCAUUUCUGGUCACAUUGGCGAGAUUACUAGUCCUGGGUUUCCUUAUUAUGUCGAUUGGAGUGAUUGCACUUGGAACUUUACUGCUCCUGACAACAAUUCAGUAGUCCUGCUGACAUUUGUACAUUUCAAUCUACCGUUAACAUGGAACUGCAGGCGUUUUUACCUGGAGAUCAAUAAAGGUCAGGAAGUCGAAAGAGUAUGUGGCAGAAGGACAGGAUUAACAGUUGUUUGGGAAGGUCCUUCCUUACACCUGCGUUACUAUUCGAGUCGCCGGACGUCUUCAGCAACAGGAUUUAAGGUCCAAUAUCACAUACUCAACAAGUCAUUCACCGAAGCCCCUCGCAUACAAGGUUGGAAUAUAACUGCUGAGAGCGUCUCCUCGACAACAGUGUUGGUAACAUGGCCAAAUGACACCUUUUCUCUUUCGAUGAAUGAUUUUUACGGCUUCGUCGCCGCUUGCAGAGCUACUGAAAUCAAAGAUACCUUACGUUUAGCUGCAGCAAAUUCUUCGUCCAUUAGUACUUUGGUUCAAAGGCUUGUGCCGUACACAGAAUACAGGGUUCAAAUGAUUGCUUUGUCCAAAGGUAAAAGAAAUGGAUCGAUUUCAAUGAGAAGCAGCAGUGUUGUGGUACUCAGGACAAAUGAAGAUGUUCCUUCAAAGCCGCCAAGUAAUGUCUCGGGACACGGCACAAAUUCUACAACUAUUCGAGUUACGUGGUCUCUCAUAAAUAAAGAUGAUAUCCGAGGAGAGCUUCAAGGUUACCUGGUUCGGUAUAAAGAGGCUUGGACACAAGAGAGCUAUUACAAUAUGUCAGUUGGGCCUCUAGUUUCGUCUGUACUCUUAAAAGGCCUGAAAGUUUUGACACUAUACAGAAUCUACCUUGCCGGGUUUACGAGAGCUGGUGUUGGAGUUCAAAGUCGGCCACUUUUUGCCAAAACUGGUUGUCUGUCUUUUGUACCCGGUGAUGUCACAGAAUUUGCCAGUCCUAACUAUCCCAGUAAUUAUCCAAGUAAUGCCAAUUGUACUUGGGUAAUAGGGCAAGGAAUGGAAUUAAGAGAAACGAAGAUCAUACUUUUGUUCGACUAUUUGCACACAGAAGGUUUUGGUACUCCCUGCAGCUCGGAUUAUGUUCAAGUGAGGGACAAAUCUCAGAGUAUAGAUUGGAAAUUUUGUGGAAAGCAUCCUCCUUUUGCUGUCACCUUCACUGAAAGUUCUUUUACAGUGCGUCUGUAUUCAGAUAAUGGAAUAGAGGAAAAGGGUUUCUACGCUCGAUAUCUUUUGGUGAAACAGGAAAUAGAUCUUGAUAUAGCGACGAAAGACGAGAACACAAUUUCAGCAUCAGCUGUAUUAGAGUGGAAAAAGACGCAAAAUGUGGGUGAAUUGAAGGGUUACAUUGUAUUGUACAAGUCGUCUCAGUCAUCGACGUAUUGGAAUGUCAUACAGACGAAUGAUACUCAAGUAUCGCUCAAAAACAUUCAGCCAAGAACAGAAUAUACUGUCAGAGUGCUACUCUUGUCAAAAGUCACCUAUAUGAGUCAAACGUUUACCCUAGAAACUGGCGUAGUGAAGACGACGGGGGAGCCGGCAAAUACACCGAGUCCGACAACGGAAGGACCGAUGCAGCUCAUGUAUCCCUACGGUUCUUCCGCUGGUGAUUCGGAAAUUCCAAACACGUAUGAGUACUCGUGGCAAUGUUUCAAGAUCGACAUCCCGGACGAUGGAAUGCAAUUCUUCGGCAAGCGUCAUUACAAAGUCCACAUCUGUCGCAACGGAUUGCUGCUGUUUGAUUCACAAUGGCUUCCCUGGUGGCCUUACAAUUUCGGGGAACGUUGGUGGCUCAAGAAAAAGGCAAUGUUGGCGCCUUAUUGGGGUUUGACGGAUACGGACGAUUCUUUUGUGAUUCAGGGCUUUUCUAAAGUUUACUACCACGUGUAUUCAGAUUCCGACCCAAGUUCUACUCCUUUGUUGAAGAGGGCCUCUUCAGACACAAAGAGACUGUUGUCGACUCCUUUGCCAACCGCCUUCAAGGCAUCAUGGGUGCUGGUGGUAACGUGGAAAAAUUUACGUCCGUAUCAGUACCCUGCUAAUAUGGCAAACCAGGGAAAUACGUUUCAGUUGGUUUUGAUUACAGAUGGAGUGUACUCCUUCACGAUGUACAAUUAUCCAAGCAAUGGUCUACAGUGGUCCGCGCCAACCCAAAGGAUGUACUAUCGAUAUUAUUCCAACUCAUAUGGGUUGCCUGUGGUUGGUUGGAAUGCUGGAGACAAGGGAGAAAGGAAAUAUAACAUGCCACGAUCGGGUACUGUCAACAUAGAAACAAUCGACGGAAUAAGAGGUAACGCUGACAUGGUUGGGAAGUGGUUUUUCAGACUGGAAGAAUCCCUCGGGAAACUUAACGCAAGACAGGAGUGCAUUGACUGGUUCAAAGCACAACCAGAUCCUCGAUUCUACACUGAAUACAUCGAACCUUGUCCUUGUGUCCUGCGACAAGCAUGGUGGGACGAAAGGUUCACAGUGAACUGGAGAGACUGGCCAAGAAUGUGUGGCUACGCUCAGUUCCCCUCACCACAUGGGUGGGGCCAGGAAUGUUGUUACUCCACUAACUGGCAAAGUUGGGGUGCACUGCUUGUGGGAAAUACUGGUGGAGGUUCGGCACAUAGAUACCACAAGUUGACCGAGGAAUUAAGAGCUAAACACGACUCAAGCGACGUACAAGGCUAUCAAAAGUGCUGCGUCAACUCAGACUUGUGUGACUUGUAUUACAAGAAACGCCCUUCCGAUAAUUGCGGAAAUUAUGUGGUACCAGAAUGGAGUUGGCUCUGGGGUGACCCUCAUUUUGUCACUCUUGAUGGCAAAAACUACACCUUUAAUGGUCUUGGUGAAUACAUGAUGACCGAUGCUCGUGACGGAUUUUUUCAGUUACAAGCUCGGACGAAACUGGCCAAAGGGGGCGGAACAGCGACAGUGUUUUCUGCUGCAGCUGCGAAGGAAGGCAAUUCUAGUGUUGUCCAGGUUGAGUUGAACGAUGCAGAAAUAAGCUUAAGCGUGCUGAUUGAUGGAGAGUCCUUUAACUACACUAGCCUUUCAAACGAAUCUGUUACACUUAAGGGCUCUGUUGCUGUUGCCAAACCAGACAACAACUCCUUUGUAAUGGUUUUUCCGUCGGGGAUAUCAGUCACAGCGAAAGCUGUUUCGGGAGCACUUUCAAUUGUACUUGCUGCACCAAAGAGCUUCAAAAAUCAAACAAAGGGCCUGUUAGGAAGAUGGAAUGAUGAUCCUGAAGACGACUUUUUGACGCCUAAUGGAACCAUCUUGCCUUCAAACGCGAACAGCAAGGACAUUCAUUACAAUUUUGGUCUCCUUUGGCAGGUAGACAACAGGUCCACACUCUUUACAUACAAACCAGGAGAAAGCCUGAAAACUUUCGAAAAUACAUCUUUUGUCCCUAUGUUCCUUGAAGAUCUUUCUUUCCCAAAUGACACCUUACGCAAACAAGCAGAAGAAGCUUGCCAAGGAGAUCUCAACUGCUUAUUUGAUUCCGCCUCUACUGAGGAUGUUUCAAUGGGCGCAAACACAAAGGCAAUGUCGUCCACACUGGAGAAAGAGUCAUCUUCUCUUAAAAAUUAUCCACCCCGGUUCGUCACACAGCUCUCCCAAGUGAAUGUCACUGUGAAUCAGAGUAUUAGUGUGUCUGUGGUUGCAGAAGACCCAAACAACGACACCUUGAUAUUCUCUGUUUUCGGCGUUCUACCUCGUGCAGCUAUUCUACGGAACAAUUCCAACUCUGUGACAGUCACGUGGAACGGAACUAACGAACACAUUGAAUUAGAAUUCGUGGUAACAGACGAUCAGGGUGCAACAGCAUUCUUGAGGCCAAUUAUUAAUCUCUGUGCUUGUCAUAACAAUGGCGUUUGCCUUCAUUCAGCCAGCAACAAAAACUCCACGCACAAUAGCAACAAGAUGAAUGUACUUGAGUGUGGUUGUUUGAAUGGCUAUACAGGAACGCUCUGCGAGAGUGAUCUCGACGCAUGUGAAGCAAAUCUAAACCCAUGUUACCCAGGUGUAAAGUGCAUCGACCUUCCCCCUCCAGCAAAUAUAUCUGGCUACAAAUGUGGACCUUGUCCGAAUGGAUUCACGGGAGAUGGAUCCAAAUGUCGAGACUUUGACGAAUGUUUACAAGGGUCGAACGGUGGAUGCAGUCAAGUCUGUAUCAACACACCAGGCUCGUUCACAUGCGACUGUAGAAAAGGAUACUUGCUCAAGAUUGACCAGCGAAAUUGUGAUGACAUUAAUGAAUGCGUUCCUGUCAGCGACUGUAUGCACAAGUGUGAAAAUACAAACGGUGGAUAUCGAUGUAGCUGUGAUGAUUUCUUCAAAGUGGACCCUUCAGAUCCCAAAAAUUGUAUUCCCGAUUCUCCAUGUCAGAAAAGUAAACAUAAUUGUCAGCACAUCUGUUACCUUGGUUCAAACAAAAUUCAACAAUGUGCUUGUAGACGAGGCUAUCUUCUUGGAGACGAUGGGGAUAGUUGCAAAGAUAUUGAUGAAUGUGCACCAAAUGAGAAUAGAUGCAGCCAUAAAUGCAACAACACGGAAGGAAGCUACACAUGUUCCUGUGUGGACGGCUUUAGACUGGACGCUGAUAAUGUCACUUGCAUAGAUAUAGACGAGUGCUUGGAGUGGAUCUUUAAAUGUCAGGAUUCGUCACAGCGUUGCAAAAAUACUCAAGGUUCUUACAAAUGCGUCUGUGAAGAAGGACUUUAUUGGAUUGACAAUGCUUGCAAAGGUUUGGACAAGGAUGAAAAACCACCUCCUCCACCGCCAGCACCGACUCCAAGAAUUCCGUCCUCGAUUGAAAAACGUCAAGCGAUUAUUAUCACAAUUAAAGGACUCAACUUAUCUCAGUGGAAUCUGCCCGUAGAGCAAGUCUUCAAAGGUGCAGUUGCAGAUUCUGUUACCACUUUCUGUGGGGAAAGCAGAGACUGUGAGAUCACAGCGCUUCGAAAAAGGAGGGCACUAGACUACAUACUUUUCACGUCAGAUCAAGUCCAUCUUCUUCCAGGUUAUCCAGGGCGAACCCCUUAUCUUAUGCAGAUUCGAGUUGCGAUCUACGUCCAGUUUCCACCUGGAGUGUCCAGUGACUCUCCUUCUACCCUGGAUAAAAAUAUUUUGCUGACAGUCAUAAAUUCAUCUCGUGAAAAUUUGGAAAAGGCCCUGAACGUGUCAGUUGUUAACCUAAAGAUUGCGUACCCCGACCCUUCCACUGAGAGCAGUUUCACAGAGACUCCAAAAGUUCAUCAUGAAGAAACAACGAUAGGCUAUUUCAUUAUUGGUGGGGCAGCAGCUGGGGUUAUAUUGGCCAUCAUACUUUGUGUUUUGGGAUGUUGCAGAAAGUGCAAUUCAAAGCAAGUGCUGAAAAGAAAUACGGUUGCCUGCAACGAAGACGACGGCGUCGAGCUUCAUAAAGUCAAGGGUCAUUUCGACAAUCACCGAGAGGAAGAAAAGUGUUAUACUAACGAGCAAGCCUUUGACACGGAUAACGAAGCCAUUUAAAACUGCUUUAAGCUUAGAAUAGCUCUUUUGGUAGAAGCUUCAGGGUUUUAGUUGUUUAGAUUGGGUAAUUAUGCAGUUAUGUUCCUGAUAGACUGAUGAUUGACAUAUAUGUGCUAAUAUUUUUCUAUGCAACCUUUUGGAUCAGGUAUGUAGCUCAGUAGGCAUUGGCGAGAAAACUCAAUAACGCGAGUUAAUGAGAGAGCGGAAAGAUUUCGAGGAACACCUUGAACUGUUCUUAAUGAGAUGGGUAAAUCAUCUGCCUUUAAACCUAAAGAUCCAAGAAAUACAUGUUAGAAAUAGCAUUGCAAUGAUGCCAACGGUUAAAGAUAUUAAGAACAGAAACCUGCUAACAGUGUUGACAACUACUCCACUGCUCAAUUAACUGAUUUUGUGCUACUAACGAUGGCUUAAAAUAUAAGUUGAAUAGGAAGGCAGAUAAAAAACGACUUUUAGCAUCCCUUAGAGAUGCUUCGCCCAUCAGAAUCAUAAUUUAGGGAGUGAGAGAAUUUUCCUUAGAGUGUUUUCUAAAACAUAAAAUGAAGCUGAAGUACGUAGUGUUUAAUGCGUCGGUUCGACCUGUUAUAUGCUCAUUUCGUUCAUAAAUCCGAGUGUCUACGUCAUAAAUUAGAAAUUGUUAUUAUACCAUGUCUAUACGUGUGAUUUUGGUGUUUUUUCUUGAUUUUUGUUAUAUCGAUAUCCAUGCUUUCGAUGGAUUUUUAAUAAAAGUG